AUGGCUCUUUUCUCCUUCUUGUUUCUAGCUGUCCUAGGAGCAAUGACGUCAUGUGUCAACGGCUACGGCGGCGGUUGGGUAAACGCACACGCCACAUUCUACGGCGGCGGUGAUGCUUCCGGCACAAUGGGAGGUGCUUGUGGGUACGGAAACCUUUAUAGCCAAGGCUAUGGAACCAACACGGCGGCGCUGAGCACAGCUCUGUUCAACAACGGACUGAGUUGUGGUGCUUGCUUCGAGAUAAGAUGCCAAAACGACGGCAAAUGGUGUCUCCCUGGCUCAAUCGUCGUCACAGCGACUAACUUCUGCCCACCAAACAACGCUUUGCCGAAUAACGCCGGAGGUUGGUGUAACCCUCCUCAGCAGCAUUUCGAUCUCUCUCAGCCCGUGUUUCAACGCAUCGCUCAAUACAGAGCCGGCAUCGUCCCCGUCUCUUACCGAAGGGUGCCUUGCGUGAGAAGGGGAGGAAUAAGGUUUACGAUAAACGGACAUUCUUACUUUAAUCUGGUUCUGAUUACGAACGUCGGAGGAGCCGGAGAUGUUCACUCGGUGUCGGUUAAAGGUUCAAGAACAGGGUGGCAAGCGAUGUCGAGAAACUGGGGACAAAACUGGCAGAGUAACUCUUACCUGAACGGACAGGCUCUCUCUUUCAAAGUCACAACCAGCGAUGGUCGGACCAUUGUCUCGAACAACGUCGCUUCCUCAGGCUGGUCCUUCGGCCAAACCUUCACCGGCGCACAAGUCUAA